GGCGACAAUGACAAAAAAUCAAAUGCUACCGAUGGAAAUAGUGAUAAAACUGAAAUUGAUGAACAUAGCCAUACUAAGAGAGUAGCAUCAAAUGAAGAAAAUUCAUCUAGCUCGAGCGAAGAUUCCUCAUUUGAAUCUUAUGAACGAGAGGACAAUGAA